AUGGUGGUGGUGCAGCAGGUCAUCGACGUGCCUGCAGCGGCGGCAGACGACAGCGCCCGCCGACGUCCGGCGCGCGUGCCGGUGCCCCCGCCGCGCUCGCUGCUGAGCACGGUCGGGGCCAAGCUCAAGGAGACGCUGUUCCCGGACGACCCGUUCCGCGCCGUGGCGCGCGAGCCCGCGGGGCGCCGCCGCGCGCUGACCGUGCUCCGCUACCUCCUCCCCUGCCUCGAGUGGCUGCCGUCCUACUCGUUCGGCAAGCUCCGCUCCGACGUCGUCUCGGGAGUCACCAUCGCCAGCCUCGCCGUCCCGCAGGGCAUCAGCUACGCAAGGCUCGCCGGACUCGACCCCGUCAUGGGACUAUACUCGAGCUUCGUGCCGGCGCUGGUGUACGCGGCGCUGGGGAGCUCGCGGGAGCUGGCGGUGGGCAGCACGGCCGUCAUCUCGCUGCUGUUCGCGUCCAUGCUGGGUCCCGCGGCGUCACCCGCGCAGGACCCGGCGCUGUACGCCAGCCUAGCCUUCACGGCCACCUUCUUCGCGGGCGCCUUCCAGGCGGCGCUGGGCGUCCUCCGCCUCGGCUUCCUCAUCGACUUCCUCUCGCACGCCGCCAUCGUCGGCUUCAUGGGCGGCGCCGCCACCGUGGUCGCCCUGCAGCAGCUCAGGGGGUUCCUCGGCCUCCCGCACUUCACGCACGCCACCGACCUGCCCGCCGUCAUGCGCUCCGUCUUCUCCCAGUCGGCGCACUGGCUUUGGCAACCAUUCCUUCUUGGAGCCUGCCUCUUCGUCUUCCUGCAGAUCACGCGCUACAUCGUGAGUACUUACAAUUAA